CGAUCCAGAAUUCCAAAACCCCAAAGUACAAAUCGGUAAUUCAGAAACCCAUCAUCAAAAAAUGGCCAAGAAGGAGAUGGAAGUGGUGAGGGGUAUUGACCUGCAGAGAUACAUGGGGAGGUGGUACGAGAUAGCUUCAUUUCCCUCAUUUUUUCAGCCCAAGAAUGGUAUCAACACAAGGGCCACCUACACUCUCGAGGCGGAUGGCACUAUUGUCCGCGUCCUCAACGAGACUUGGAGUGAUGGCAAGAGGAGCUACAUAGAAGGCACUGCUUACAAGGCUGAUCCCAAGAGUGACCAGGCCAAGCUCAAAGUCAAGUUCUAUGUUCCUCCUUUCCUCCCCAUUAUCCCUGUUGUUGGAGACUACUGGGUUUUGUUCCUUGAUGAAGAAUACCAGUAUGCUUUGAUUGGCCAGCCUUCCAGGAAGUAUCUUUGGAUAUUAUGCAGGCAGACCCAUAUGGAUGAAGAGAUCUACGAGAUGCUAGUUGAGAAGGCCAAAGAAGUUGGGUAUGAUGUGAGCAAACUCCGCAAGACAACCCAGACUGAUCCUCCCCCAGAAGGAGAAGGCCCCCAGGACAAUAAAGGCAUUUGGUGGAUUAAAUCUAUUUUUGGAAAAUAGGAAAUCUAUGAGUGAAAUAGGGUUUUGCUUUCGUCUACCAUUACAAUAAAAAGAUCAAAACCUUUACAGCAAAUCUAGUUUGGGGUUUGUGUUUGUUAGUCUCCUUUGUUCUUUUGAUUAAGAUUACGUAUUUGUUUAUUGUAAUAGACAGUGUGUGGAUGCAUAUAGUUUUCAAUCCUUGUAAAAGUUAAAAGUAUGAACUGUGAAAUUUGAACUCUUAUCUCAAAUGGGUAUCUGUUAAGUUGCUUUCA